UGGGCCAAGAUGCGUUAAAAAAAUAUGCAAAUCUAGUUCUGCAGAAAUAUCCUGAUUAUCUUGGUGGUUGGGAUAUCGAAGAAAAAAAUUCUCAAUGGUAUGUAUAUUUUAGCCGAAAAACAUAUAUAGAAUGUCCACUAUGUAAUCGCACACACGACAAGGAUCAGCGGUGGUUUGGUCGUGCAUAUGGUAAUGGUUCAUUCAUUGUGAAAUGCUUCCAGCAAAACCGUAAUGAAUCAGGGGAAAUUUUCAAUGACCCAUCUAUCGCAGAAAAAAUCCAGCAAAAAAAUAAAAAUAAUGUCUUACCACCCGCCUCUCGCAAAACAAAAGACUCAGGAUUCCCAAAAGCCUUUCUAAAAAUGCCAUCUUGGGUUAAAUGCAAUGAACCCCUUACCGCAUCAGAAAAAUAUGAAGAAAGAUAUGUGAAACCUCUAUCCAAAGAAAACGAUAUUUAUAUAGGAUCGCGUUGGGGAACUGGGAAAACAUAUGCUAUGGAAAAUUUAAAUAUUCCUGAAAAUACAAGCUUACUCAUAGUAUCGACUCGUCACACAUAUUCAGAUGCUAUUACUACUAGGCUCAAUCUCAAAUCAUAUUGUGAUAUUGAUGGACCUAUAAAUCUGAGAGAACAUCAAAGGGUAGUAUGCCAGGUGGAAAGUUUACAUCGCAUUACUAAUAAAUUGUUAGAUGAGAUUGUAUCAAUUAUCGCGCAAACACAAACUCGUUUAAGUGGUUUAUCUAUAUCUCUUGCCAAUUUCUCAGAAUUAAUUACUCAGGCAGAGAGGGUUAUUGUACUAGAUAAUGAUCUCACUGACCUUAAUAUUGAAUGGAUUAAAGGACUUCGACCAAAUAGGCAAUAUUCAGUUAUCCACAACACAUACCAGCCCCAAAAAGGUAAAACAUUCCGUCUAGCUUCUGAUAAAGAAACUGUAUUAAUAGAGCUCUGGGAUUGGGCCAAGCAAAUGUCAUCAUUACCUUUUGAGGAGCGAAAAAGCGCAUCACUUAUCUGUCAUGAAAGAAGAAAUAUUCAAGGUAUUGUGCGCAGUCUUAAAGAGGAGUUCCCUAAUUUACGUAUAAAAGAGUAUCAUGGUAAGUCCGAUCCAACGGAGAAAACUCAAGAUUUCAGAGACGUGGAGGAGGCAUGGAAAAGUGUUGAUCUCGUUGCAUAUACCAGUACAUUAAAGAUAGGAGUUUCUUGCAUUAAUCCUAAGUUUGAGCGUGCAUUCUGUCUCUUUAAUAGUUAUAUAGAAACAAAUGCUGGGACUAAUCAGAUGCUAUUCCGCAUGCGUUGCAUUAAAGAUUAUAUAUGUUAUAUUCAACAAAGAACAUCUAAAGUCCCAACUACAGAAGAGGAGUUGUUUCAAUGGUUGACGGAAGCAAAACGCGGAUGUCUCCCUCAAGAGCUUCAGAAUAGAGGAAUAUUUCCAAAUAUAGAUACUGUUAUUCGAAAUAAAGAUGUCCCGACUAUCCGAUUAUGGGUGGCAUAUAUGUUGGAAAAAUUCCGCUCUCAACGUCUAUUUGGAUGGAGAAUGGUAGAUUUUCUCCGAAAGGCGGGUAUGAUAGUUUCAGUAAUAGAGCCAUCUCCCAAGCCUGGAGAUAAUACCGUGCCAUUAACUGAAACAGUAAAGGGUUAUUCUUCGGUUAUUAAAGCAGAAGAAAUUUCGGACAUUGCAAAUGCAAAUAUUAUUAACCGCGAAACAGCUGAGCAUCUAGAAAAUAAACCAAAGAAAACUUUAGAAGAAAUGCGAGCAUUAGACCGACACCAUAUUGUGAAUUGCUAUGGUAUAACACCUGAGUCUUUGACUGAAGAAUUCAUCUCGGAAUUUGGAAAUUAUAAUCAUAUGCGCUGGUUUAGAGCUCUCCAGAAAUUACGAGAUGCAGGCACUAAUAAUGAGACAGCAGUUGGGGCAAUUACCCGUGAAGAUUAUAGAAACGAUAGGCUCACAACUGUUACUAGAGCUGAAAAACAUCGAAUCUGUCUGGAUUUGAUAAAGAUUUGCACACCUGUUAGAGGUAUCGACGAUAGAAAUAGAUACAAAGCGGAUGAUGUUAAAACCCGUCUAGAUUCACACGAGUCUAUGAAGUAUCUCCAAGAUUUAGUCCCUAAAAUGGCUCGAGUUUUUGAUAAUACAGAUGCAUCUCGUAGUGUUAAAAAAUCAGGUUUAAAAUCAGAUAAAGCGAAACUUGGUUUAUUAAAUUCAGCACUUUCCGCAACUUAUGGGAUAAA